GUGCCCUAAGACUUUUCACAGAUAAUAAAGAUAUUUGGAGCUGUAGACCUGCACAGAUAUCCCCAAAGAGCUCUUAUUCCAUUCCUGGCCAUUUUUUAAUCUGUUAAUUUGUUGUUAGCUGAGCCAGGACAGCAAAAGGUGAACUCCGGAUUGCAAAACCACUGGGUGAUCUCUCUUGUGGCUCCACCCCCUCCAGGAAUUCUAGAAUCCUCAGAAGAUUCUGAGCAGUUGGUUUUUCAGUUUGAAGCUCUGAUUCCAAUCUGUUGAGACGAGCAGCCACCUUUGGGUGCCAGAGCAGAGUUGGCCUGCAGAAGACCAAAAACCGAUGGAUACUCUCACAGCCUCCUCUGUUUCCAGCAGGCCCUGGGUGCUCCAGUUCUUCAGAAACCUCUUUGGGAGCGGCAGGCAUGUCACACAAGAGGGGCAGAGACCCAAGGCGAAAGACGAAGAUAAUGCCAAGAGUGAACUCCUGGACUCUCCUCUGCCCAAAAAUGGGCUUGAAGCAACCCUGCCAGACCAAGAGCCUGAUGCCACCAAAACUUCUCCCAGUGAGAUCUGUGGAGGGUUGAUGGGCAGCUGCCCUGAAGAGCUAUUGUUGCUGAAGGAAUUAAGUCUGGGAGACACUACCCCUAUGAAUGAGAACAAACUGCCCGUUUCAUUUCACUCGGCUAGGAUGGAGAUGGGAGACUCAGAUGGCUUUGCUAACCCCAUGAUAAGUGGCAUGGCCAAGGACCCAUGUGAGAAAGUUCCUGUUACAGGAGAGAAGGAAGAAGAAUCUGAUGACAGGGAGGCGGUGGGAAAGUGAGUGUCACCAACGUUGAGGCCAAGUCUCAGCACACAGAACAGUGUUUAAAACUCUCAGAGUGGAAUUCAGCUAAGUUUUUCUCAGAGUAGACCCACUGAAAUUAAUGAACAUGACAAAAAUCUGCUUCGAGUAAAACUCGGUUAUUUCUAAUAGGAUUAACAUCCGUUCAGAUUGCUUCCCAUACAGGAAUGUGUGAAAAUAGAUGGGCAAAUAUUGCAAAGCCCUUCACAAAAACCACUUGUGUUAAUUGGCUUCUGGCUGUAUUACAUGGGUACUAAUUAGGAAUGGAAUUGCUCAUUGACUGUUCCGGCUGUUCUUGGCUUCAAAAGGCCGAACACUUAAUUUUGUGCUAAACUUUCCAUGAGGUUGAUUAUCACACACUGAGUUGAGAUACGUGGGGCUUUGCCUUGCUAACUGAAGUUCACUGUAUGAGAUGUUAACCAUAAAAAUGCAUGUGGAAGGAAGGGUUACAACAGUUGGCAGCCAACCAGAAUUUCACAAGCCUGACUUGUUAUCAUUUAGACUGGCUGCCAACAGCAGAGGAUGCAAAGUCAGAAAAAAUGCAGCAGAGCUUGAUUUAGCACAUCUGUGUGUCUGCAGGCACAAUAAUAUGAAUCCAUGUGAACUCUGUUGUUAGAUGGAGAUCUGUUUUUGCUGCCUUGCAGAUGAACUCAAUACUCUUCCCCUCAGCUGAGCGAUUGUCUGCUACCUUCUUCCAGGUUGUUCAAAUCCUAUGGAGACAGGCUGAAAGUAAGGCCUUUGGACAGAAAAAGGAACAUCUCCGUUACAAAAAAACAAACCACUUUGCACAUGCUCCACCUCAAACACAUUUUACUCUGAAGUUGUUUUUCGAGGGGAAACCCCUUUCAUCAUCUUAAGAGGAAAAUGGAGAUCUGAACAUGCUCAGAAGCACUCGGCUGGAGGUGUCUGGAUUUUUGAGAACAAAAUUUGUAAUCCUAGAGUUGCACUUAAAACCUCCCAUCCGUGUAUAAUGAAUAAUCAUUAACGGUUAAUAAUUCAAUUUUAAGUAGAGGUAUUUGCAUAAGCAGUGCUUCCAUGAAUAAUUCUUAAUGUAAGAUUUCCAUGUGAAGAGGUUUCCAUAAUCUGUUAUUACAAACCACAGAUUAUCAUGGAGACUAACUACCUGGGUCUUUUAGAUACAGACUGAAGGCUUUGUUCAUGCAGUCAACUAAAGGGCUUGACUUAGAGACAGGCCUCAUCCCAGGAAAUUCUCUCUUAAAAUUUUAAUCCCCAUCAACAUCAUUGCUUUUAUUCACUACAGUAAAUCCACCUGUCUGUGGCAAUGUAGCAGUUAUCAUUGCUGAUAAAGAUGUGGCGUUUGGGUGUAGAUAUUAGGGUGGGAAGGAAAAAAGUGAUGAAUGAAGCACCGAUGUGGAUGUCCCCUUCUUCUAUGCAAUAAUUGUGUGUUUGACUUUAGGGAUGAAUUUCCCCAGGUCCUAUGUGCAGAUGAUGGAGUUGCCAUGUCUGCUGGCUCCAUGACUGAUGUUAAAGGCUGUAGCGCUGAAGAGGAAAGAGAGCAUCUACUGAAAGGUGAGGGCUGGAAGAAGAUUCCCACUCACCCAUAUGGCAGCUGCUGUCCAACAGUACCUUUACCCCCCCCCAAGCUGUCAUGACUUGAUUGUUUUCAUACUAUUCAAUACCAGAUGUCUGAGGUUUGAGACAUGUAUUUCAAGCAAGCAGGAGGCAAACCUUACAAUCAGGAACACCCAGUAUUAUGUCAGAUGGCCCAUUAAAGAUGGGUAAGAACUACAGCUGCAGUUCUUAUUAGGUGAUUCCAUUGAAUUAUAUUGCGCAGAGGCUGUAUUCACACCAGUAGAUGCUGGUCCAGUGCCAGAUCCCACAGUGAAAGCAGCAAGGUGACUAAGUGGGUCAAACAUUGCAGGUGUCCAGAUAGCUCUGAGUGAGAAGAUUUCACUGACAAAGGUUGAGAGCAGGCUGAAGCCUUUUAUGCAGGCAUAGGCAAACUCGGCCCUCCAGAUGUUUGGAACUACAAUUCCCAUGAUACCUAGCUGACAGGACUAGUGGUCAGGGAUGAUGGGAAUUGUAGUCCCAAAACAUCCAGAGGGCCGAGUUUGCCUAUGCCUGGUUUUAUGUCUCCAGGCUACCUCCUUCAGGCACUCCUCACUUGUGGGGAAAUUCAAUCAACCAUUCCAUAUGUAUGCCGCCUUUCCUAAGUUAAAACAGUGCCCAGGGUGGCUUACAACAUAUCAAAAGUUAAAUAACUACAAGUAUAACAAAAGUAAUAAUAAAGAUCCAAAAUAAAGAUACAAAAAAUUAACUUCAACAGCAGUAAGAAUCCCCCACAACAACCCCCCUCCACCCCAGUGUAAUGUAUUUUAUCUUACACCACUGAUCUGGAGAGGUACUAUGGGAGGCAUUCAUUUUCUCAGACUCACGGGAAGUUGGCUGUGAGGAUUUGGGCCCUGACCCUACAGGCUUUAGUAGACUAAGAGAUUCUUCUGGAGACUCCUGUCUCACAGCCUCAAGCAUAGUGGUCUCCUGAUCUGCAGCAGCCAGUUCAGAGCCCUGCUUCUUGACCCGACUCCUUAGCUGGUGCCUGUGCAGCCUCAAGCUCUGUGGCUGAAUUGCUGCUGGAUUUAGAGGGCAUUACAACCCACCCUGGUUGUAUGGAGAGACUUCAUGAGUUGGUGACAUGGCUUUUCUUUUAAACAGAAGAUGUACAAGAAGGGGAACCUCCAAAAGCAGACCUCUCUCCAUGGAACAGACUCCUCAAUAUGUACAAGCAGCGCCGGUGGCUUCCUGCUUCUAAAGGGGUAAAUAUGCGACAGGGAGUUGUAUUGGGGUUUCCCCCUCCCUCUCUGCAAGUGGCAUUUUUAUAUCGUAAGCAAGGAUAAAUAUGUGAUUUCCCUCAGAAGAGUGAAGGUAACAAAAUUACAUUGUGAGCUGGUCUCUAGAAUCCCCUCUAGAAUGCAAUGUAAAUUUGCUUUGCUUAAAAAUCAAAAGAUAGGUGGGAUUUGAGAAUAUCUAUGCUAGCUGCCAGUGCCACCUAUUUAUUUUUAUUAUUUGUUUAAAUAUAACACCCCACCUUUUCAUCUAUCAGCCCACAAGCUAGCUCACAAUAGCUAUUAUCAUCCAGUGAAAAUGUUAAGAAUGAAAAAGGAACAACACAGCAGUAGGAAUCAGUAGAUCUAGUAGCAAUCAAGACAAUAAUCAGCAAAAUAGCAAGCAACAAUACUUGACUUGCAAAUAGAAAAUAUCAAGGAGUCUUGAUAUUACAAGUGGUUGAUAUUACAACUGUGUCCAGAUAGCGACAGUUGUCAUGCCUGUGAUCUUGUGGUGCUCAAUAAAUGUUAAAUUAUAACAGCAGACGUCUUAGAGAUACUUAAGAAACCCUUGAAAUAGGGUAUGGCAAAAUAAUUCAGGGCCAGCAGUCAUAGCCCUUCAGCUAUAGCCCACUUCAUCAGCUGCAUUAAGUGCUAUUAUUUGUUGGCAGAUAUAUACUCAGGUGUGGGGGGAUGACAACCGAUCAACAGUGGAAUAAAAGACCAUGAAAUGCAAGAGAUGUACAGCAUGUGACAUUUCUAUGCAGAGCUCAAAUGUAUGGAUGUAAUCUCAGUGACUUCAUUUUAGCAGUGCUAAUUUAACACCCAUAUUGGAAAGGAGACCUUGAUUCAGACUGAGUCCUAAACAAAUACAAUCAAAUAAGCUGAUUAGCUCCGCAUUAAUUUAAAUUCUAGUUUCACACUGGAGACUCGUUUUAAAGUUGUUGUUGUUGUUGACAUAUCAGCAGCCGAGUGUCCUAAAAACUAAGAUAGAGACCUAACAUCAGCAUCUGACUUCCUUGGGUAGCUGCGUGCUAAAGUCUGUCUUCCUUGGGCCCCCUCAAGAGCAGCGCUCUGGUAACUGCAAUUUGGUUGCCAUCAGUGGCGGGUUUAGGAGCACAACCGGUUUGCCCACACUGGGCACUGAACUGAGAGGGCACUGGAGGGGGCACCACAACAAUGACUUAGAACAGAAGGUGAGAGGCAAUGAGGUGCAUGUGCCAAAUUUUGGUGUCGCACUGCACGGCACUGAAAUUUGAAAGCCCAAAGUCCACCACUGGUGACAUCCCUUAUAUUACUUUUCCCACAAUGCCCUGGACAUGUUUCAGUCCAAGCAAGCAAAAACCAAGAGUGGAAACUAUUUCUCAUUGCUACCAUCACCAUGCUUGGAAUAUCUAUUCUGUCAGUUUCUGCCUGUGAGUCAGCUGUUACAUGCCAGCAUCACAUGACAAUAAACCUAAACAGCACUUUUAAGCAUUCAAAUAGCUUUGUAUACAUUAUCUCAGUAAGCUUACAAUAACGCUGAAAAGUAGGGCAACCUUUUUGCCCUCGUAUUGUGGGUGUGGAGGGCAAGAUCUGAAAGACAGUAGCAUGCCUAAGGCCACCUCAGAGCUGAGGUGAAGACGUGGGAUUUCCCAACUGCCUGUUUUCUUAACCACUGUACCAGCACAACGCCUCUGCCCAUAAAAACAGCAAGUAGCUCCGGCUAUAGCAAUGGCUUUUGCACAUGUUUCUCUUUCAAUCCUUACCACACAGAUAAGCAAGUGCUUGUGCAAAGAGCUUAAUCAUGCCUAUUUUUAGUAACAUGUUUUGCAGCCACAGGGAAAUGGCUUCAUAAGCGUCUUUUUGCACCAUAUACAUUGCCCUCAACACCGUUAGUGCCUAAUGAUUGGGAGUGCUUAAAUAGCUGGGUAUUGCAGCAGAAUUACAGUAAGUAGUAGUCAGUUACCAUAAUUAGUCGUAAUUUUAACUAUUCUGUUGCUUGGCGCAUUGGCUUUCCAGUCAGAGGGAAAGGGGAAGUUUCAUAUAACAGCCCACAAGACUUAGCACAAGUCUAACCAGGUCUAUUCAGAGGAACUGGGCAUGGAGGAAAGGGUUAAUUUCCCUCAUGGGCACAAAUCACCUUGUGUAUGAGAUAAGCAAGCAGAUGCAAGGUCAGCAAAGCUGGUUGUUAUGGCUGUGACCCAGUGCUGUCUAUAUAAGUGAGCAAGGCACCUCAGCUCAUUAGUCAGUGAGUGAGCCUUUCUGUGAGUUGGAGUCUGUGUUAUGUCUUAAAGCUGGAGCAACAGAGAUACUUUGUUCUUGUCUGUAUCUGUAUCUGUAUCUGUAUCUGUAUCUGUAUCUGUAUCUGUACAGUGGUACCUCGGGUUAAGAACUUAAUUCGUUCUGGAGGUCUGUUCUUAACCUGAAACUGUUCUUAACCUGAAGCACCACUUUAGCUAAUGGGGCCUCCUGCUGCAGUUGCGUCGCCACUGCGCGGUUUCUGUUCUCAUCCCGAAGCAAAGUUCUUAACCCGAGGUACUAUUUCUGGGUUAGCGGAGUCUGUAACCUGAAGCGUCUGUAACCCGAGGUACCACUGUAUCUGUAUCGCCACCAAGUGUAUUGCCACCAAGGACUGUAUUACUGAAGUCUAAUCUUCUACAGCAGUAAACUAUUUUUGCACUUUAACAUGCUCCUGUGGGGCGAAUGGAACUGGGAACAACUUCCAGUACAUGGGUCUCUCACCUCAGAUUCCCACCACAAACCUGGCCUUCUGGUAGUGAAGUUGUUGAAACUUACUGGAAGUGGGAGGGGCAAGGUGAAAGGGGGGGGGGGCUGUGUUAUGCCAGCACAUUGGUGGAGCCAAUCUGGUACUCCCACCAGUGCACCCACACAGGGUGUGUGUCUGCUCUUUUUAUCCUGUUUUAUAUUUUUCGGCUGUUUACUUCCCCCUCCCCUUCUGGGUUGAACACAUGUAGGAUAUAUUGGUGGCCAUUCUUCUGGCAGAGCAGUGGCACAUCUUCUUCCUCAGCAUACAGUGGUACCUCGGGUUACAUACGCUUCAGGUUACAGAUGCUUCAGGUUACAGACUCCGCUAACCCAGAAAUAGUACCUCAGGUUAAGAACUAUGCUUCAGGAUGAGAACAGAAAUCGUGUGGCGGCAGCGGGAGGCCCCAUUAGCUAAAGUGGUACCUCAGGUUCAGAACAGUUUCAGGUUAAGAACGGACCUCCAGAACGAAUUAAGUUCUUAACCUGAGGUACCAUUGUAAUAGGUGCAUAGGGUUGCUGUGUUAGGCUGCAAUCCUAAACAUACUUACUAAACAUACAUACUAAACACAGUGGUCUUCCACAGAAAUGUGCAGAACGGUCCUAAGCAUGUUUAUUCAGAAAUAAUUCUCACCAAUUUCGAUGGAGCUUCUUCCCACAAGAAGGAUUUCCUUCUUAUGCAGGCAUGUCUUUCUGUCAGAUGCUUGUUUCUUUCUGUUUUAAUCUUGUAAGUUUUUGGUCAUUUCAUUUUUGCAACAGUCCAUGACUAACAUCAAUAAAAUUGAACUGCACUCAUGCAGUCCCAAUAGAAUCAGAUUUCAAACAUCCAUAAUUCUUCAAAAUCAAAAUUACAUUCUUGGUCCACUUGUGAAAUAAUAUAAUACAGGUAUUUAUGCAAUUUCAGAAACCUUGCUAUAAUUGGAUAAUUAAAACUAAAUUCCAUUUUAUCUGGCCACAUCUUCUGAAUAUGUUUUUUUUUAAAUAUAUAUGCACCAUCUUCAGGAUAUUCCAGUACAACCAGUUGCUGAAGAUGAUCUAAUGGUAUAUGGAAUUGCAACACCCAGACCUCAUGUCACCCUAUCAAAUUCCUCUGCAGUUUGCAGUGCUUGUGGGUAAGUUUUUUGUGGUGCUCUUCAUCCCCCAAAUUCUGAAACAUUGAGUAGAUGGUCCCCAAAUACCAAAAUUUGUGCAAUGUGAUGUUGAAAUGUAGAAUGUAACAAAUGAGAAUGAGCAACAAAACAUUGUGGGGUGCCUCUGGCCCCUAAGCAGAGGUUCCAGCUAGGACAAUGAUGGACCACCAGAUUUGUAUUCUAAAGAGGGUUCUUCAGCUCUUCACUAAGCCAACUGGAGUUGAUAAAUGAAAAUGAAUUGUCAGGUGGAGUGCUGGGAACAACUUUGGAUAGUACCACAUAUGACCACUAGAUGUCACUGUCCAAUUUAGAACAAAUUUACUGGGCUAAAGUGUGUACUGUAUCCAAUAGUGGCUGUAAAGGCAUUAAAAUGCAUUACAGUACUUGGAUUAAAAGAAAACACCCUGGUUUAAGGGGCAAUAAUUUGGAAUGGAGAAUUUAUAGUGAGUCACCCUGAUACAGAGUCUUUAAUUUACGGAGUAUUUAAAAAUACUUUCUCUUUCUUAAUCUGCUGUAAGGAUUAUAAUUAGAUAUAUACGAUUGUACAUUUUAAAUCUGCAAUUUGUUGGUGUUGAAUAUAUAAGUGUAAAUGUCUAUGAACGUGAAAGAAAUCUUAGUAAAAACCAACCGUGGUGGUGGCAAAUCUUUUUGACAAAUAUGCCAUAGGUGAAGUCCAAAGUCUUAGAGAGUGCCACCCUAGUAUGUACACAUUCCAUAUUCAUCAUCCUGUGCCUUUGUGUGAGUCUGCUGAGCUGGGGAACAGGGAGCAGUUGGCUGUGUAGCAGGGGGCUCAUAAUUAAUAUGCUAUAGCCCUAAGCCUCUCUUAUUUGUGCUGCCUAUAACACUGGUGCCAAAGGCUGGCUAUCCAUGAUAUAUUAUAGAACUGCAGAAAAAGUGAAGGACUUAAUAGGACAUCCUCAGGCCUUCCUAAAUUUAUUUUCUUACACAGAAUAUGCACAGUUAUUGCUGAGGAUCCAGUUGACCUAUUCAAAAGCUCUGCUGUGGGAAUUCAGCUCCCCCCCCCCAAUAAUAUAAAUUAAAACUAUCCCACGUGUAUUGAAAUUAAAGGCAUCACCACCCUCCUCUUACCCAUAGCAAUGACUUACCAUUUUGUAAAUCUUUAAAAACUAUUUCCUUUUAAGUAUAACAUUGAUCUACACCAGCAGUAGAAUUCACAAAUGCUCUGUUUCUGUUAAAAAGCAAACAGAUGAUCCUCUCACAAACUUGGGGCCACCUUUUGUGCAAUUAAAAAAAUACGGUUGGAUCACUGUGAUCAUUGGGUAAAUAGUGGUACAGAAAUUUAAGAACUGGAACAACAACUGAUCACUGAUCACCCGGAUAAACUUUAAUCUGCCUUUAAUUGGCCUCUAGAAGUGCUACAGAUGUGAUGAACAGAUGAUUACCUUGAACUCUCAUUACAUCUCUGUUUUAAUGAGCAUUGAAGUACCUACUGAUAAGGUACUGUGCUGCAUCCUUUUGAGGGCAAUUCAUAAUAGUAUAACAGUUGUCCUUUAGAGAGCAGUGCAGUAAAUUAAUUUGAAAGCUGCACAUGAAGUUUAAUCUGUUCUAAACUUCUUGUUGUUUUUAAAAUAAAGCCAGUGAUAGUUGGAGCCCUGAGACUGACUUUUGCUUGGUAUACUUUGUAGAAGCUAUUUUAUUUAUAGCAUUCAGAUUUUAGAGAAAGGAAUGAGAAUGGCUAUUCAGAUUCUGACAUUGACCCAAGCUAUGACCUUAGGGCAGUCACAUUUGUUUAUUUAAAUAAGAGCAUUUAUAAACAACUUAAUAUUUUAAAAAAAUCCCUGAGUGGUGUACAACAUAAAAACAAUAAACAAUAUCAUGAAAACAAAAAUACAACACAAACCCAAUAAAACAAUGUGUAAAUGCAGGAAUUUUGGAGAUUCUACAAAUAGAAACAGGAUCCAAUCUUAAGGGUCCAGGAAAACCUAGGCAGGAAGAGGUCUUUAUGAGACAUUUAAAGCAACGGAUGGUUGCGAUAUCAAGUUUGGGGUCACUGCCAUUGGCUAUUCUGUAGCUUGUAGAAUUUCCCCAGCUCUCUCUACUUAAGGCCUAACUGGUAAAAUGAGAACAGUCAAGAUUUUACUAGGUUCCAUCAAUGCUAGCAACGCUUCUAAUCUAACUCUGUCUCUCCCUGCCCCAAUGCAAUCUAGGCUUCCUGAGAAUGAAGAUGGAGAAGCGGUUGGUGACUGUGAGACGGCACUCAGAGGUCCAGGAAGAAAUGAUGCUGGAAGUCUGGAGCACCCUAAGGUGUUGUAGAUGCUAAUAUAGUCUGGGAGGGAAUGGAGGCUCAUAGCACUUUCCAACAUUCCUAACUUUUUUUCUUUAAAGUGCUAUAGGAUUGUCUUUUUUGCUGAAACAGCAAAAGAGAGGGCCCCUCUCUUCUAGUUCUCUAGUGAGAAUGACAGGAUCAUGGUAUUCACAGGCGAACCACUUCCAUUUCCCUCCUGACAGAGGCUCUGAGCUUUUAACUGCUACAUGAUGGGCAGAAAUUCAACAGUUGCAGCUUCUGAGCACUACAUCAUUGCCAUGCCAGCAAGGAUGGCACCUGUUGAAUUUCUGCAUGCAACACAGCUGUUGCAGACAAAUAACCUUUGUUGGGGAGGGGGAAAGUCCACAACCCCAACCUCAUCAACUGUAACUGUGAAUGUAGACAACAACUUUACUUGCAGAUGGUAAAUUGAAUCUCUGAAAGGUUCAUGCCUUGGUCUUCAUGGAUGCUGAAUUCACUGGGGUUUUCUUUCAAUCAGCAAUCAGGACAAUGGACUGAGCUCCUUGAGUUUUUUCUGGGCUAUUAAUUAACGGAGCAUCAUCUUACAUGUCUGCAUUAGCAGGGAGAAGAGGUAGGGUAAGAUAAAGGGCCAGUGUGGAGCAGUGGCUUGUGUGUAAAAAACCCAAGUUUAAAUUGCUGCUAGGCUAUAAAACUGUCUGGGUGAACAUGGACUGGCAUUAGCACAUGGCAUCCUCAGGCAUCUGGCCAGCUACUGAUGCUCACCAUCUUUUUGUCUGGUGCUCUGAUCAACACCAGGUGGCUAGGAUUGAGAGCCACCAUUUACAUUUCCCACAAUGCCCCACAGCAGUUGGGUAUAUUUUGGAAAUCAAAAUGGCAGCUUCCAGCCGCGCAGCACUGAUUGAAGCUGCUACUGCUAUCCACCAUGGCUGUUGUUUCCAGAGCUCACCAACAUUGAAGGAGACCUACCACUGACUGAGGAAGGGACCACCAAGGAGCCCUUUACCAAGGGGCCUUUCAAACUUAGAGCUGUCUCCUUUUGACAAGUAUUCUCAAAUAUUCUUCAGGAUGACUGUGAGCUCACAACACCACUCUGAAGGAGAAAGUAGGAUUCAAAUGUAGGGUAUCAGUGACAAUGGAACUUCAGAGUGAUCAUUGGUAUGCCUUUGUAACAUUAUUCUGUCUUUCCACCCUUGUUAGAAUGUGCACUGAGGAAACACUGUCGGAGUCACUUUGAGUCUGCCAACUGCACCCUUCUCCACUUUGCUUGCUGGGAGGAAGAUGGUCUACUAAGGAUUGUUAUUUGUAACCCACCAGGACUGUUUCAAAUUUCUUUCUUUCUUUCUUUCUUUCUUUCUUUCUUUCUUUCUUUCUGUAUAGCUAUUGCCCACUUUCCCCUGUGCUCCCCUUACAAAUCCACCAGAUGUGUUCAUAGUAUAUAUUUCAGGUUGAUGAACUGCUCUUCCACCUGCUCAUUAAAGUUUUCCUGUGAAUUCAUA